GAAAGACGAAGGAGGUUGAAAUCUGCGUCUCGUUUGUCAGUGAGAUUUGGGGGAAAAAAAAAACUUCAAAUUUAUUCAUCGAUCGAUCUAAUAAUUCAGAGGAUCAAAGGAAGAAGAUGGCGUUGAAGUUUCUGAACAAGAAGGGAUGGCACACUGGAAGCUUAAGAAACAUUGAGAAUGUGUGGAAGGCGGAGCAAAAGCACGAUGCCGAGCAGAAGAAAUUAGACGAAUUGCGUAAGCAGAUCCAGGAAGAGAGAGAACGCAACGAGUUUCGCCUUCUUCAAGAACAGGCCGGGCUCGUUCCGAGGCAGGAGCGUUUGGAUUUUCUUUAUGAGUCGGGUUUAGCGGUUGGGAAGAGUGAUGGAGGAGGGGCGAGUGGAAGUGGGAGUGGAUUCAAGGCUCUUGAACAAACUUCUACAACUCCCUCUUCUGUGGCUGCGAAUCAGCAGUCAUCUGCACCGGGUGCUUUAUUUGACGCUGAAAAACCUCAUGCUGCUGGUGAUGCCUGGCGUAAACUUCACUCCGAUCCUUUGCUUUUGAUUCGCCAGCGUGAACAAGAAGCACUUGCCCGGGUCAAGAACAAUCCUGUCAAAAUGGCCCUUAUACGUAAAUCUGUGGAGGAGACAAAAAACAAGGAUAAGCCUCGUGAUAAGAAAAAACAUAAGAAGAAGGAUUGUUCUAGCUCAAAGCAUCGGAAACAUUCAUCAUCCAAACAUCAAUCUGAUUCUGAGGAUUCUACUUCUUCAGAAAUGGAAAGAAUGAGAAAAACUAGGAAUCACACAAGCUCAAACUAUAGCAAACGAGCAGAUUUGGAAGAUGAAUUAAGUGAAAGGAGAAGUAAUGAGAAGAAUCAUCACAGCAAACAAGCGGAUUUGGGAGACGAAUUAAGUGAAAGAAGAAGCAAUGGAAAAAAACAUUACAGAGACUUGAGACACAGAGAGCAGCCACCUAGUGACCUUCCAGAAUUAAGCAACAGAAGAUGUGAUGAUCGGGAUUCUUUGAGGUGGAAUCACGAUAAGUCAAAGCAUGAAAGGUAUUCUUCUGGUGGUCGGACAAAUAUGGAUACUGACAAAAAGGGAAGGGAAAACAGAAGUUCUUAUGAACCAAGCUCCCAUAUUUCUUCAGCUGCUGCAAAUAGGAGUGAAUCACACUAUAAACACUGCAAUGUUGCUCCUAAGCUUUCUGAAGAAGAGCGGGCUGCUAGGUUGCAGGAGAUGCAAGAGAAUGCUGAAUUGCAUGAAGAACAUAGAUGGAAAAGAUUGCGGAAAGCUGAAGAAGAUGAUGCAAGGGAAGCUACACGGGAUGGGAUAUCUGGUGGCAAGAACUUCUUGGAUGCUGCACAAAAAAGUGUGUAUGGUGCUGAGAAGGGGGGAAGCUCAACGAUAGAGGAGAGGGUACGUCGCCGAACAUAUUAUUCACAAGGCCGGUCUGAAGCUAGUGAAGGCAAUGCUUUUAGACGGUGAUGCCGGUAUACAUCCCUUUUGAUGGAACCUGAUAAUCCAGGCUUGCUUAUCUGUUUUUCCCCUACAUGAGUGUAUAUUUCUUGAAUCAGCCUAUGUUACUGCAACAUGUAGUGAUGAGCUACCGAAUGUUAGGCUGAAUGAUCAAGAAUGACGAGCUACUGAAUGUUUCUGCAAAAUGUAAUUCAUUUACUCCUCAAAUAGCCAGAGUAUUUCUCUUCAGAAUCUUGAUAUAACUUUUUGAGUACUCACAAGUGAUAAUUUAUUGUUUCAUGGAUGCUGCAGGCAUCAUAUUCUGGUAAUAGUUAUAUGAUAUGUUGCUUCUGUUACUUUA